AUGGCCUGUAAAAUACUUUUACAUAAUUUUACGGAUCAAGACAUAUUGGGUCAGGCCUUUGAAGAUGCCCUAGAGGUGCUGCAGCAGCAUUCUGAUGGUGAAAUUCAGUAUCCACCAGAUUGUAAAAACUGCCUGAUGGUAAUCAAUCAUCACCCUCACUUCCGAGCAAACCCAAACUACUCCGUAGCACCACCAACAGAGGAACCGGUGUAUAACUGGCGGAAUGUAGUAAACAGCACAACAGAUCUUUAUUCUGAUGAGAUUGUCUACCGCAGCCUGCAGAAUAUUUCAGAAAGCCAACUGAUGCAUACGUCUGGCAGCCAGCAAAAAGGAGGAAAAGGGAGAAAAAAGCUUCGUCUGUUUGAAUAUCUUCACGAGUCUCUCUAUGAUCCAGCUAUGGCAAAUUGCAUUCAGUGGGUGGAUAAAUCCAAUGGUGUCUUCCAGUUUGUUUCCAAAAACAAAGAGAAACUUGCAGAGCUGUGGGGGGAAAGAAAAGGGAACCGCAAGAUCAUGACGUACCAGAAAAUGGCCAGAGCACUGAGGAACUAUGGAAGAACAGGUGAAAUCAUUAAAAUCCGAAGAAAGUUGACAUAUCAGUUCAGUGCAGUUGUUUUACAAAGACUCUCUCCCUCUUAUUUCUUGGGAAAAGAGACAGUUUAUUGUCAGUACAUUCAGUCUGAUCAAGAAUACCAGUGUUCGGAUGACUGGAUCGCUUACAAUAAUUACAUGUAUAACAACGACUAUGCAUUGCAGCAUGCUAACAGCGAGAUUCACCAGUCACAUUAA